CUUCCUGGUUGGCCCUGUUUUAUUGUACACGGUCUGCGGAGAAGUCCGGAGACCGGACCCGAAAGACAAUGAAAUACCGAGUUAGCUAGGUAACCGAGAGCAAGUAUUGUUUUAUUUAACCCAUAAAUAUAAAUAUGUUAGUUAACAUCACGUUGACACCACGGCCUCAGUGAAAGUGUCAGCGGGCCGGGGGAGAGUCGCAGUCCUCCCGCAGGUGACGUUAGCUGGGAGCGCGCUAACGGGCGGAGACCUUCUCGGUUUGAUUUAUUUUAACUUGCAAAAAAAUUGAAACAACUCGAUGAAAUGUUUCGCCACAACCACAAGAGAGAGAAUGAGUAUGUGGAUAAAGCCACAGCUGCUCUAGAAUGAAGAGCCCGUCUCAUCGCACCAGGGACAUCGAGCGUCAGGCUGGCUACCUGAAGCCUGAACACUGCGCCCCUCCCCCGCCCCAGGGCAGCUCCGGCACCAUGUGGUUCAUCCGCGACGGCUGCGGCAUCGUGUGCGCCGUCAUCACCUGGAUGCUGGUCUUCUAUGCAGAGUUUGUGGUCGUGUUCGUGAUGCUCUGGCCCGCCAAGAGCCUGGCGUACAGCCUCUUCAACGGCGUGAUCUUCAACAGUUUGGCCUUCCUCGCCCUCGCCUCGCACGCCAAGGCCAUGUGCACUGACCCGGGAGCUGUGCCCAAAGGAAACGCAACCAAAGAAUUCAUCGAAAGCCUCCAGCUCAAACCAGGACAGGUGGUCUACAAGUGUCCUAAAUGCUGCAGCAUCAAGCCUGACAGGGCUCAUCACUGCAGUGUGUGCAAACGUUGCAUCAAAAAGAUGGACCACCACUGUCCUUGGGUCAACAACUGUGUCGGGGAGAACAAUCAGAAAUACUUUGUGCUCUUUACGAUGUACAUCGCGUUAGUAUCUUUCCAUGCAUUGGCCAUGGUGGCGUUCCAUUUUGUUUUCUGCUUCGAAGACGAUUGGUCAAAGUGCAGCACCUUUUCUGCACCAGCAACUGUCAUCCUGCUCAUCCUGCUGUGCUUCGAGGGGCUUCUGUUCUUAAUCUUCACCGCCGUCAUGUUUGGGACACAGGUCCACUCCAUUUGCAGCGACGAGACAGGCAUCGAGCAGCUAAAAAAAGAGGAAAGAAGAUGGAUCAAAAAGUCCAGAUGGAUGAACUUGAAAGUGGUGUUCGGUCACCCGUUCUCCGUUGCCUGGCUGAACCCGUUUGCCACACCUGACCACGGCAAGGCGGACUUGUACCAGUACAUCGUGUGACCAAUGGCGGCGCUUCAUGGCGGCAGCUUCUUGCGAGCGCUCCUGGAAGUGUAGACCGAUUUGGCAAAAAUACCCCUCAAUUCAGUCAAUUUCAUGGCUGGCUCACAGCGUGUUCACUCCGUGAUCACUUAUGACCGACUUACGAUUCUGGAUGUGGAGAGAUCGGGCCAUUUUGGGCUGAAAGAUGCGUGUACGGUGGACCUACUCGCUAGCUUGGGAAUUCUUUGCGAGCUACAUCCAGCAGUGGCCUUUGAAGCAGCGGCGUCCACUACCAGCGGAGACCGUCAACGAAAGAGACGUAAGCGGUGCGCUCGGAAGCAGAAGCGGGGGUGUCGGGCGGGGCUAACAACAAAGCUAAAGGCGUUGUUGUUAGCGGGGCUAACGAAAAAGCUAAAUGCUAAUCCACAAAGAAGCGCUAAUAAGGAGUCUGUUAAGCUAGAACUAGCCAGCGCCAGGCUGGAUAAUCCCUGCACACAUAGCAAUUCUCUUAGAAUAAUAUACAACUCACAUAAUGUUUUUUCUGCGUCAGAGGUGGACAUGCAUUUUACUGAGGUGGCAAACAAUCUAAAAAUCCUAGAUAUGGUCGAAAUUAUUUAAAGUGCACUACGCAUAAUAAACGUACCAUUAUUAAUAUUGCUACUACGGAUACUUUCAACAAAAACUCCUCAAAACAGCCCACCACCUAUAAUAUGGGCUUUUGAAACAUAAGGUCAUUGUCUUCCAAAACGUUAUUAGUUAAUGAAGUCAUUAGAGACAACAAUCUUGAUGUCGUUGGUCUAGCCGAGACCUGGCUCAAACCAGACGAAUUUUUUGCGCUGGGUGAGGCGUCUCCUCCUGGCUAUACGGGAACGCAUAUUGCCCGUCCCAUUAAAAGGGGUGGGGGUGUUGCACUAAUAUACAACAAAACUUUAGCCUUACCUCGGACUUAAAUAAUAAAUAUAACUCAGUAAAUGUUUCAAAAAUGUUUGAAAAGGUAGCACAUCCCAAAAUUAAGACUAGUAGGACAAAAUACUCACAUUUCACUUGAUUUAUUGCUCACAUCAAAAAAGAGGAACGCUUACGCGUUUCGGCACGUGGCCUUCGUCAGAGCGUUUA